AAAUGCUGAAAAUUUAACGCUAGAAGAACAAAGAACUUGGAGAAAGUUCUGUUGAAUUCAGAAAUUACUUCCAGAGCCAUCUGCGAUUACCCGAAUGCAUUUCAAAGGAGAGACCUGGCUAUCUUCAUGCAUUUGGGUUUCAUACUGAUCCAGUCGAUGUUUGUGGAUUUUUCACUGGAGUCGAGGAUCUCGUGAUGGGACUCAGUAAAACAGAGGUGAACUUGAGAAGGCUGCUUGCCGCUGCACCCCAGCAACAAAAUCAUGCAAAACUUGUCCAUUAUGUGGCUACUUUGCGAGAACAAUUGGAACAGCUGGCUGAAGAGAGAACACCAGAAGGCUUACCAAGAGUUUCAAAGGCUAAGGUGAAUGAUUAUUCGGAGAAGAUUGAAGCUAUUGCUUCAAAAUUAGCUGCCCCACUACCCAAUAUUAAAGUUCAUCAUGAGCCAGUGUCUGAGAACUCUUUCAAAGAAAGUCCUCCACAGACAGAUGGAGAGAACCAUAAUCCCUCGUCUCCAGGUCUAAGAAGGAGACUUGUGCCUGCCUCCAGUACCAAAGAUAGAAAUCAAGACACCAAAGAGGCUGAUACAUCUCCUUCUGUUAAACUGGAUGCUGCAGCUCAAGUACACAUAGAGAAGCAUAGAAAGCUUCAGGAGGACUUAACUGAUGAAAUGGUUGUGUUGGCAAGACAACUCAAAGAGAGUAGUCUGAUGAUGAGCCACUCUGUGCAGAACACUGAAAAGGAAGAUAAGUCCUAUUCUUUGCUUCUUAUUCUGAAUCAUCGUCUCUUUCCAGCUUUGCAAAUAUGCAUUAUAUUCGCAAUCUGAUUCCCUGCUAUACCAUGUACUUGUUUGAUUUACAAUGCAAAAAUCAAAUGACCCAGCACAUACCUAUCUAAAUCAGCACUCAGUUAUUUACCCCAUUAGACUACCAUUAAACACAUUCGAAGCAAACCUAACAACCCCCCAUCUGUGGAAGCUGCAGUGCAUUUGUCAUGGAUGUGAUUGUUUUGCUUUUCAUGAUUUCUCCCAUGAAUGAUAAUUAAAUGGAUACUGGAUAUCAUGCAGAUACUGGAUUCCACAGAAAAGGCUGUCGAGCAUAGUCUGGCUAGUACUGGACAUGCUAACGUCCGUGCCAUGAAGAUAUACUCAGAAACCUCUAAGACUACAUGUUUCACAUGGCUUCUGAUGUUUGUUAUGACUUGUAUAUUCAUCAUGGUUGUACUCUUGAUUCGUGCCACAUAAUGUGAAUCUUGAACAAUUGAAGAGCAAGAUCAUCAUGCUUAUAUAGAGGCAGAGCGUCUUGAAAACAAUUUUUUACUGGAAACCUAUCAACGGAAUUAAGUUGAGUGGUUAGC